CAGGAAGUAGGGCUCUUCCGGUGUCAUGGCGCCCACGUCUGCAACCUGAGGACCUGGGUGAAAGCUACGUCACCUGUCUGGACCGCGUUGCUCCAUGGCUCCCACCGGCUCUGUGCUGCGCGGGAAGGACCCUGGGCGACACUGAUGCCACACAAUGGCGACGUUCGCACUAAGGUGCCCAGUGAACUUUCCGUCCUGUUUCAGUCUCCUGGAUGGCUGAGAUGACAGACAUGUGCCACCUUGCUGGCUAAGAUGUGGGUGUGUUACUCACCAUUACCAACGACGAUUACAAUGGUUGGGUAAAUUAAGCAUCAGUAAAACAUGGUGAUGCCGCCUUACUGCAGCCACAGGAGAUAUUGAGACAGGAGUAUUGCAACAUGAAGUCCAUCCUACACAGUUGAGCCAGACCCUGUUUAAACAUAAAACAUAAAUAUUGGAGAUGUAUCUGCACCCUAAAUAACUUGUCUAACAUUCAUUAGGCCCUGAAUUCAAUUUCCAAUGCUGAAGAAUAAAAGAAAAAGUGGAGGCAGUGACCUUUGAGGAUGUGGCUGUGAACUUCACUUUGGAGGAGUGGGCUUUGCUGGACCCAUCCCAAAAGAAGCUCUACAGAGAUGUGAUGUUGGAGACACUGAAGAACAUGUCUGCUAUAGAACACACCUGGACUGACCAGCAAGUGGAAAAUGGGAGCAACUGUUGGAGAGGAAAUCUAAGAUGUGAAGAUGUAGAGAAAUGCUACCAGUAUAAAUUAUGGAAUCCACCCAGAGAAAUGUUAUUUUGGACUCCAGACCCUAAUGUGAACAUGAAAACACUUGGUGCACAGCCAGCGGAAAGCCUUGCCUGUAGAAAUUCCCUGAUUGGUCAUGCAUCAACAGAUGUGCCCAUCAGAGCUCACAGUGCACUCAAAUCAUGUGACAAUCGGGUAUUGGAAGUGAAGCUGUCUACCUACAAUGAACAUGGGGAAACCUGCAGUGAUUUCCAGUCCUUUCAGAAGCAUGUGAAAACAAACCCUGGAAAGAAAUCCCAUGACUAUAAGCAAUGUGGGAAAUCCUACUCUCAUUGCAGUGAAGGAAGUCACAUUAGAGAGAAGCCCUUUCUAUCUAAAGAAAAAGCUAAAGGCUAUAUAUGUAAGCAGUGUGGGAAAGCUUUCAGAAGUAACUGCCAUUAUAAAAUGCAUGAAAGAACACACACUGGGGAGAAACCCUAUGUAUGUAAGCAGUGUGGGAAAGCUUUCACCAGCAACAGCAAUUAUAAAACACAUGAAAGCAUUCACACUGGGGAGAAACCGUAUGCAUGUAAGCAAUGUGGGAAAGCCUUCAGGAAAAAGAGUCAUUGUCAAAGACAUGAAAGUACCCACACUGGAGAGAAACCAUAUGUAUGUAAGCAAUGUGGAAAAGCUUUCAUCACACGAGAUAAUUGUAAAAAACAUGAAAGAACUCACACUAGAGAGAAACCCUAUGUAUGUAAGCAGUGUGGAAAAGCAUUCACCACUCACAUUUACUGUCAAACUCACGAAAAAUACCAUACUGCAGAGAAACCCUAUGUGUGUAAGCACUGUGGGAAAACUUUCACCACUCGCAGUUACUGUCAAACCCACGAAAGAAUUCACACUGGGGAGAAACCAUAUGUGUGUAAGCACUGUGGGAAAGCUUUCACCAGUAAUAGCACUUAUAAAAUACAUGAAAGAACACACACUAGGGAGAAGCCCUAUGUAUGUAAGCACUGUGGAAAAGCAUUUACCACUCACAGUUAUUGUCAAAUUCAUGAAAAAACUCAUACUAGGGAGAAACCUUAUGUUUGUAAGCAGUGUGGAAAAGCAUUUGCCACUCUCAGCUGUUGUCAUAUCCAUGAAAAAUCUCACACUGGGGAGAAACCUUACAUAUGUAAGCAGUGUGGAAAGGCAUUUGCCUCUCAGCGUUAUUGUCAAACUCAUGAAAAGGCUCAUGCAGGGGAGAAACCCUUUGUUUGUAAGCAUUGCGGGAAGGCUUUCAUCUCUCAUAGUCAACGUCAAAUACAUGAAAGAAGUCACACUGGAGAGAAGCCUUAUGUAUGUAAGCAGUGUGGGAAAGGUUUCACCACUCACAGUAAUCGUCUAACACAUGAAAGAAGUCACACGGGAGAGAAGCCUUAUGUAUGUAAGCAGUGUGGGAAAGCCUUUCCUACUAGUGGUUCUUUUGGUAGACAUAAAAUGAGUCACACUGGAGAGAAGCCCUAUGUAUGUAAGCAAUGUGGAAAAGCAUUUCCUUAUCACAGUUCAUUUUAUAAACAUAGAAGAAUACAUACUUUGUAGAAAUCCUGUAUGUGUAAACAAUGAGUGAAAGGCUUUACCAGUCAGUGGUUUUCAAAGACAUGAAUUCAUUCUGGAGAGAAACCUAUGUAUGUAAGUAGUGUGGGAAAGCAUUCAGUGUACACAGGUAUUGUCAAAUGCUAGAAAGAAGUCACACUGAAGAGCAAACUUUUGUAUGUAAUCUUCAGUUAUUCCAGUUAUCAUGAUAGUUAUUAAAAAGUCACAGAGGUAAAUUAACUGAAUAUGUAAUGUAACACUGACAGAAAAGGACUCACAGUUCAGGGAAGCCCUUUGUCAGGAAUAAGGAAAAUCUUCAGUACAGACAGCUAUUGUUACAUACAUGGAUGAAUUUCAUAGUUGAGAAAAUCUGAACAUAUGUGAGCCAUCUGAAAAGGUUAUAUUUUUCCCAGUGCACUCAUGUACACGAACGAAUUCACAUGAGCGAGAAGCCAUGUGUAUGUAAUCCUUGGAGAAGACCCUUCAGUUCUUCCAGUUACCUUGAAAUACAUGGAAGGACUCACUGGAGAGAAACUCUAUAUAGAAAAUUUGAGAAAGCAUUUUGUGUUUCUCAUAACCUCAGAAAACAAGAACAAAUUGAGUAAGCAUGAAUAAAGAAUGUGAGAAGUCUUCAUCUAUACAUGAUUUUUUGUAUGAACAUUGUAUUGUGGAGAAAUCCAUAUAAAUGUAUAUUGUCCAGGAA